AUGAAUAACUACAUGCCGAAAAGCUUCGACGAAAUAUUGAUACACCCCAAGGACAAGCAUACCAUUUUGGAAUUUUUCACCCAUUUGAUAAAAUUUAAUAAUGACCCAAUUUUAAGCAGAGAGUUAGAAAGCUUGAGCAAUGCCAAACAGAAAAUCGAUGUGGAGAAAUUAAGGAACAUAUGUGUAAUUCUGGGGGCCCCCGGAAGUGGGAAAAGUACAUUAAUAAAGUACCUAUGUGACAAAUUAAACAUGAGAGAGUGCCACUACGAAUCAGAAUCACAGGAACAUAUCUCUUGGGUUAGAAGAACUAGUGAAGAAAAUGAGCAGUACUAUCACCCAUAUAAUAAUUUCUUACUCUAUUCGAAUUGCCAAAUUGGAAAUACAAAAAAGGUAACAAAGAAACAUGGGAAAGAACAGGACGAGCAUAAGUGUGCGAAAAAGAACAAAGUAUGCAACAUGAUGUUGUGCCACGGAAUCAGUAGUAACAAUAAAAGGAAGAAAAAAUAUGAGCACAGAGAAAAUUGGCCAUUACACAAAAUUUUUAAAACCGAAUCGGGGAGCAGCCACCCAAAUUGCAGAAUGAACAAAUCGGUACCGUUACAUAUUGAAAGUGGGGUUAAAAAGAAAAUUGUAGCAGAUUUGGUAGAGUGCAGUGACAUGAACGGGAAAAUAGCGAGCGUGACGCUCAAAUUGUACAGCGUUUAUAUGAAUCUAGUGAGUCCCACAAUUAGGGCAAGGAGAAAAAUAGGCAGUACACGCUGCUUAGAAGGCAAGGAGGGUUUUUUCCCCUCCGCUGUGUCUAACCAGUUUAACAAAAUAACACACAAAAAUUACACCGUGGGGAUUAACAUAUGGAAAAAAAUGAACAAGCUAUUAAUUUCGGCUGAUAAUUUGAAAAGGAACAUUUUGGAAAACGAGGAAGAAGCACACACACUUGAGAAGGAAUUUAUAAUCGAUAUGUUUGUGGAUGGGAAUCAUAGCGAAUACGUAGUUAACAGCAUGCAGUGUUCCUCUAAUUUGCGCGAACAUAUUAGCACAAACGCAAAGGAAUCUAGCAAUUUAAGCAAAUCAGUGUUAGAUAUUUUAAAAUUGUAUAUUAACCUGAUGGAGGAAGUGAAUGACGAUUUCGCCUUGGCCAACACGCUCAGGGAAGAAUUAACUGACUUUAUCGAAAGGAAGAAAAUAAGACAAAGGACAGAAAAGUUCAUGCCUUAUGGAAGAAGCUACUACUUUUUCAUUAAUGGAAUGGAGAAAAAUGAAAUGCAACGAGGGGAAUUGCACAAUAUGGUUAUUUUUUCCAAUGUGUGGAAGGGAGAACGGGGAGAAAAUGCCCCCUCUUCGAUUAAUGACCCACUCGAAAGAGAAGUCAAACAGUUUGUAGAAUCACACAGGGGAAAGCAAAUAAUCCCCCACUUGGUAGAAACCACAAAUUUAAAGCAAUGCAUAGGGCAAUACAAACGCCUUAGUAGUGAGCUGUGUAAGCGGGAGAAGAUCAUCCGAGCGCUUGUUAGUGAAGAAAUAAACCACAUUUGGCAAUAUAGCACUUCGAAGAGUUGCGAGAAUAACGGUAUAUAUGAUACUAUGGCUCAAGAGUGUCACACGAACACAAGUGCGUUGUAUUUAAUGACACUAAACGAUCAGUUCACACAUUUAAUUAACAACUUUUAUGUCUUGAAUAAUAUUAGGGGUCUCUCCCUGUGCAACUGUUUCUUGGGCAACCAUCUCACCGAGGCAGUGAUUAUUAAUACCACCCUUGUGAGUUACCUAAAGGGACAAGUCGCUAGUGACCUUAUUAGGAAAAACAACUCCCCCAAGAGGGGAAAUGAGGAAAGUGCGUCGAUGAUGCCUCAGUUUCGCUCAAAAGAGGUGGGCACAAAAUUGGUUUCUCCAUUAGCCAACUCGCUGGGAAACAUUCCAACUAAUUGUGACGAGGAUCACCAUCUUGCGUACAGAAAAUUGAGAGAAAUACUUGAGGGGAAGAAGAACCCUUUUGAGGAUGAAACCUCUCCUUUUACCCUUCCAAACAAUUGGCCACAAACUGGUGGGGAUUUGCCCCUUCCAGAGAAGGCACAAAAGAGAGUAGCCAACUAUUGCAGCGAGAUUUACAAAGUGAAUAGGAGGGUGGCGAGCAAGUUAAUAAAAUGUAACGAUUUGGUGGAAGAAAUGAUAACCCAUUUGGGCAAAGACAGAGAUGUGAAGGCAAAAAUGCUUUGCGCCCUGAUGGAAGAUAUAGAACUAAACGAUACUACGGUGAAGUGGUUCAUUCCAAAUUUUCUGGAGAAACAAAUGAGAACAGUCAUUUCGGGGAGCUAUCUCUAUAGGGAAUUUCUCAAUAUCGAUCUUAAAAAAAAGAGAGAAGAAGAGAAACAAAAAAAUUACUACGAAGAACAUUUUAUAGACACUCGUGCGGUCCUCCUGGACGAAUUACCAUUAACCGAGUUAGAAUACUCGGAAGACUUCCGAGCCAGUUGCACUAGUUCGAUGGAGUUUAUAUUCAACCGAGUCAAUCACUGCAAACAGGAGUAUGUAAAGCACGUUCUGGAAAACAAACCUAAGGAGAAGUUCCCCAAAUGCUAUGCAAUACACCCCAUGGUAAUUUUUAUAAAUGCGUAUGAACAAAUAAGGACCGUCAAUACCUUGCUAGGAAUUGACAUCAAUAAUUCUUCAUAUGUUUCUUUUGUAAGGUUAAAAAAAAUGCACCCACUAUAUUUGGAGAAAACCCUGGCAGAAAGGUACUACUGUAGAAUGAUCAACCUGAACCGCAACGUGAAAGAGGUUGUAAAACGAUUGACUCAUAACUGCAAUGGAGACAUAAGGUCUUGUUUUAACGCUCUCGACUUACUAAAUCGCAUUCCCAAUUUGAAUGAAAUGUCACUGGAAGAAAUUAACAACAUUUCCCUUGUGUGCCAAAAUGAUGUUUUUUCCUUUGCUAGGAAGGUUCUAUAUAGAGACCUGGGGCUAGACACUAUUUCGACAGACCGUUUGUCCGCCUCAACUUGUUUCAACUUGGACACGAAUGAUGCUACCUGGGAUACCCACAAUAAGUUGACCCAUGGGAGGAUAAGCGGAAGAUCAGUUGGGAGUAACUACCCAGCAGUUACUACCAACCAUGUUGAGGAGGCAAAAAAUGAACCCAACAAAAAUACUCUACACAAUUCCGCAUACAGUUUCGCCUCUCAUACGAAGAUGCCGCUUAGCACCAGCAAUGACCACCAGACGAAUCGCCUGACCAUGCUAAGUGAGGGAAAGACACACAAACAGGAUAAAACCUACAUGGAACUUUUCACAGAAUUGGAUGGGAAGGCAGAUAUGAUGAGCACAACGGAGAAGUUUCAAGUCCUAUCAUUGUUAAAAGAAAAUUAUAUAUAUUUUUACAACAGCUUACCCGAUAUGGCUAGAUUAUUUUCGAAUCUGAGUGUUAUUAAUUACUCCUUUCGUGGCAUAGACUGCUCAAACUUUUUAAUGAGAAAGGCGCAUGAAAACAUGACUGAUGAUGUAGCGAGGUUUGUGGAUGACCACUUCAGGUUGACCUACAGGUAUUACAUAGUCUGUAAUGGGAACCCCCAGACUCCAGUGGAUAACGCGUUCCAGGCACAGGAGGUGCAGGGAAAAGCGCAGGAAGGGUUAACUAAGGGGAGAAACAGCCAUCCCGUGUCCAGCCAUCCCGCAUCUAUCCACGCGGCAUCCCUCCCCGCCGCCUCCACCCAUGGAGUAACUCCCACGUGCCAUGCGAACACUUCCUUCGCGCUGAAGACCAAUUCCAUGAAUAAAUACUAUCACCAUUUUAGUCUAGUCAGAAAGGAAUUAUACGACCGUUACAUCAUGAUUGUGCUGAGGAGGAUAGCAAAUCAACCUGUGAAUAAUUCGCAUGAUGUUGCAGCAAGGUACCUUUUUUUCUUAAGGGGAAAUUACGAAUUGUUUGCGAGUUUUUUCCCCUGCUACAUUAUGCUGAUUAUACAGCACUGGAAUAGUAAGCACGAGUGUAAGGGUACGGCUGUGCAGGGUCAAGAUGUGGACCCGCUUUUUGUUUUCGCUACAGAUGAUUCACUCGACAGUGACCCGUUUUCCCUUAACAAAUUCUGCGAAAUGGUUCACCACUUCAAACCGCGCGGCUCUGGGGGUGAGAAAGCAGAGGAGCAUGCGACGGAGAUUAUUUCAUUUGCGGAAACGUUUAUCACUCCAAAAUUUAUAGCCCUUUUUUUCCCGUCUUAUUUGAAGUACUUAAAGGAGGAGACGAAGCAAAAGCAGAUCGUCCGUAACUUCGUCGGCAAUGAGGCCGUGUCCACCGAAACGUACUUCGAGAUGCGCAGCGCGCUCCGCCUGCACGAUAUGGAGCUGUACAGCUAUUUCUUCGAGUACUGA